UUUUUUUUCAACUUGAAUUAAUUUCCCAACGCCAUGGAUUCUCGCAUCAAGGAACUCGGCGCGGAUCGCACCCUCGUGCAAAAGAAGACCUUCACCAAGUGGGUGAACAUGCAUCUCGCCAAGGUCGGCCUCAAGUGCGACGAUCUGUACAUGGAUCUGCGUGAUGGCACAAAGCUCCUCAAGCUGCUCGAGAUUAUCAGCGGCGACACACAGGCUCGCCCCGAGAAGGGCAAGAUGCGUGUGCACUUGAUGAGCAACAUGCGCUCGGUGCUCGACUACCUGAAGCGCAAGAUUACGAUGGAAAACAUUGGCCCGGAAGAUCUUGUCGACGGUAACGGCAAGCUCACGCUCGGUCUGAUUUGGACCAUCAUUCUUCGUUUCCAAAUCCAAGACAUUAGCAUGGAAGCGCUCUCUGCCAAGGAGGCCCUGCUCUUGUGGUGCCAACGCAAGACGGCUGGCUACCCCGGCGUGAACGUCCAAGACUUUUCAAAGUCGUGGAGCAACGGUCUUGCCUUUAAUGCCCUGAUUCACAAGCACCGCCCCGACCUGCUUGACUUUAACGCUCUGUCGAGCGGCGACCCCGUCGCCAACCUCAACAAGGCCUUUGAUAUCUGCGACAAGGAGUUUGGCGUUGCCAAGCUGCUCGACGUCGAGGACGUGAACGUUGACCGCCCUGACGAGCGCUCCAUCAUGACGUACGUGGCUGCGCUGUACCACUACUUUAACUCGCACAAGGACGAGGGCCUUGCUGCCGGUCGUGUUGGCAACGUUGUCGAUUUCCUCGCCGAGAUUGACGCCAUGCAGGAGCAGUACGAGAAGAUGGCCACGGAUCUUCUUGCCUGGAUUCAGGCCAAGCGCGAGCGUCUCGAUUCGCGUGACUUCCCCGACACGCUGCCCUUGCUCCAGGGCAGCACCACCCAGUUCUCGCAGUACCUCAAGGAGGAGAAGCCUGGCAAGUACACUGAAAAGAGCAACCUCGAAGUCCAGCUGUUUGACAUUCAGACCAAGCUGCGCUCGCGCGGUCUCAUCGAGUACGUGCCUCCGGGUGGCAAGAGCGUCCGCGAUGUCAACAAGGCCUGGACCAAGCUCGAGCGCUCCGAGCACGAGCACGAGCAAGCUCUCCACAAGGAGAUUGCCCGCCAAGAGCGUCUGGAGCACCUCGCCCAGCGCUUCAACCGCAAGGCUGGUCUCCGCGAGCAAUGGCUGGCCGAGUCGACUCGCCAGCUCCAAGAUGUCGAGACGACCAAUGCUGCUGCCACCGCCUCGAAGGACUUGCACGCCGUCCGCGGUCUGUCCGCCAAGCUCGACUCGAUCGACACGGACGUUCGCGCGCACGAGGACCACGUCGACUCUCUCACCGAUCUCGCCGAGGAGCUUGCCGACGGCAAGUACCACGCUCGCGCCGAGAUUGCCGCACGUGACGCGGCAGUCGGCCAAAAGUUCAACGAGCUCGACGCCCUUCUGGCCAAAAACCGCGAUGCCCUCGAUGCCAGUGGCCUGGUGUGCCACUACCACAGCGACGCCGACGAUGCCGAUGCCACCCUGCGCGAGGCACAGAUUGUCGCCACCUCCGACCUCCUUGGCCGCGACGUCGACUCUGUCACCAAGCUGCUUGACGACCUGCGCCAGACUGAGGAGGAGGUUGCGCGCCAGGGCCAGGUCCAAAUCACCGACCUGCGCGCUCGCUCGAACGCGAUCGGAAACACUGAGCACUCGCACGUCCAGCCUGCGAACGCCGCCGAGGUUGCCGAGCGCCAGGCUGCUCUUGAAGCCCUGCACGCCGAGGUGCUCAAGCAGCUUGCCGACCGUCGCAAGCGUCUCGAGCAAGCCCUGGCCGCUCGCCGCUUUGAGGUUGACGCCCAGGACGAACUUGCCUGGAUUGCCGACCGCGAGCCCACCGCCGCCUCCACCGACGUUGGCUCCGACCUGACUUCGGCCCGCAACUACCGCCAGAGGCACGCUGCCUUUGAGGUUGAGGUCAACGGCCACGAGCCGCGCAUUCACCAAGUUGUUGCUGCCGGCGCCGCCCUGCUGUCGGGCACCAAUGACGCUCACGACCAACAGGUCAAGAAGACGAGCGACGACGUUGAGGCGCAGUGGAAGCACCUGAAGGAGCUUUCCGCGCAGCGCGCCAAGCUUCUUGACGACGCUGUUCGUGCCGAGCAGUACCACGCCGAUGCCACUGAGGCCGAGUCGUGGCUCUUUGAGCAAGAGUCCGUUGUCAACUCGGGCGACCUUGGCAAGGACGUCGAGAGCACUGAGGCCCUCAUCAAGAAGCACGACGCCCACGAGGCUGCAAUCAACGCGUACAGCCAGAGCAUUGGUGGCCUCCAGCAGCAGAGCAACUCGCUUGGCGCGGACAACCACCCGUCCAAGGACAUCAUCUCUGACCGCCAGGGCGCCAUCGACGACCAGUACAACAACCUCAAGGAGGCUGCUGGCGCGCGUCGUCAACGCCUGGUCAACGCUCUUCGCCUGCACACGUUCGAGCGUGAGGCUGACGGCCUGGAGCGCUUCUUGCAGGCCAAGGAGGACAUUGCUCGCUCGGAGAACAUUCCCCACGAUCUUGAGCACAUUGAGGCCUUCCAGCGCAAGUUUGACAAGCUCGACCAAGACUUGGCUGCUGGCACAGACCGCGUCGACCGCGUCAACUCUCUUGGCGAUGGUCUGACCAAGGAGGAGCAUCCCGAGUCCGAGAAGGUGGCUGCCCGUCAGGCCGAGCUGAACGAUCGCUUCAACAAGCUCAAGGAGCUUGCCGCCGCCAACAAGGACCGUCUGCAAGGCGCCCGUGGCGUUGAGCAGUUUGGCCGCGAGGUCGACGAGACCAAGUCCCGCAUGGCGUCCAAGGAUGCCGCCCUGGGCAGCGCUGACGUCGGCACCGACAUUGGCUCUGUGCAAGAGCUGCAGCGCCGUCACGAGGCUCUGGAGCGCGACCUCGAUGCCAUCAAGAACAAGAUUGGCAACCUCAACGAGCUUGCAGACAACCUCACCAACGACGCAGACCGCCCCGCCGAGCAGGUUGCCGCCGUUCGCGAGAGCCAGAAGGAGCUCAACGACGCUUGGGCUGCUCUCAGCGCCAAGUCCGACGCUCGCCGUGACCAGCUGGCUGCCGCACUGAGCCUCCAGGAGUUCUUGGCCCGCGCUCGCGAUAUCACCUCGUUCAUGAGCAACAUUUCCGCCGUUAUGGCGGCCGAGGAGCUUGCCAAGGAUCUGGUCCGUGCUGAGGCCAUGCUUUCCAAGCACCAGGAGCGCAAGGGCAAGAUGAACGCCAACGCCGACUCGGUCAAGGCUCUCGACGAGACGGGCGCCGAGCUGAUUGCCGCCGACCAUUUCGCCAAGGCUGACAUCCAGGCUCAGCUCGACCGCAUCCAUGCCGAGCAGGACAAGCUUGGCCAGCAGUGGGCCACUCAGGCACACAAGCUCGGCCAGUGCCGCGACCUGCACAUCUUCUACCGCGAUGCCGACCAGAUUGACGAUUGGAUUGCCGGAGAAGAGACCCAGCUCUCGCGCCAGCGCAACAGCAUUGCCGACUCGCUCGAGGCUGUCCGUCUCAUGAUCCGCCGCAACGACGAGCUUCGUCGCGCCAUUGCCACCGAGGAAGAGACUGUUGCCCGCCUCGACACGCACGCCAAGCGUCUUGGCGACGAGAAGCACUACGAUGCGUCCAGCAUUGACACUCGUCGCGACGAUGUCCUCGCCAAGUUUGCCGCCCUCAAGGCGCACGCCGACCAGCACGCCCAGGAUCUUGCCGGUAUGCUCCGCAUGCAGCAGGUUGCCAAGGACCUUGCUGACGCCCAGCAGUGGGUGGACGACAAACUCCAGUCCUCCUCCUCGCUCGACCUUCCCCCGAGCCAGGACGGCGUUGUGAGCGACGCGGAUGUUGCCGAUCGCCUCAAGCGCCUGGAGGUCUUCCAAGCCGAGCUUGACGCCAACCGCGACCGCAUCGAUGCUGUUCGCAAGGCCGCUGACGAGCUUGCUGCCACCGGCAUGCCCGGCACUGGCGCGCUCGGCGACGACAGCGCUGCCCUCGGCCAGGACUUUGACAACCUGGUCGCCGCUGCUGCCGCCAAGGCCCAGCGCAUUCGCGAAGCUGGCGAAGCCCAGGCGUUUGCCAAGGCCGCCAAGGACAUUGACGUCUGGCUGGAUGAGGCUGCCACUGCCCUCCGCAACGAGGACGUUGGCAAGGACCUCACUGGCUCGACUGCCCUUCUCGACGAGGUCAAGCGCGUCGACCGCGAGAUUGCCAGCCACGAGCCGGCUAUUCAGGAGCUCCAGGCGCUUGCCAAGUCCCUCGCCGAGAAGAACGUCUCUGACGCGCCCGCCAUCCAAGCUCGCGCUGACGCCAUUUCUGCCCGCUUUGCCGAGCUGCCUCCGCUUGCUGACGGCCGCAAGAAGAAGCUGGAUUACGUCAUUGAGCUGCAUCGCUUUGCCCGCGACGUCGACGACGAGCUUGCCUGGAUUGGCGAGAAGGACAACGUUGCCGCCAGCACCGACUAUGGCAAAAACCAGACUUCCGCCCAGAGCCUGCAGAAGAAGCACAUUGCCUUUGAGGCUGAGCUCUCUGCUCACCAGCCCAGCGUGGACGGCGUCUCGAGCAAGGGCCGUGAGCUCGCCGCCGCUGUUCCCGAAUCUGCCGAGUCGAUCAACGCCAAGGUUGACGAUGUCCAGACCAAGUGGAACGCGCUCAAGCAGAAGGCUGCCGACCGUGGCGCCAAGCUUGACGAGACUGUCGACUUUUUGCGCUUCAACGCCGAGCUCGACGAGGAGGAGUCGUGGGUCAAGGAUCGCCAGGCACUGCUCCAGUCGAACGAUCACGGCGACUCGCUCCCGGCCACCGCCGCGCUCGUUCGCAAGCACGACGAGUUUACUGCCGAUCUUGGUGUCCACCAGGAGCACGUCAAGAGCAUUCUCGCCAUUGGCGAGCGUCUGCUGCAGCAGGGCCACUACCAGGCGCCUGCCAUUGCUUCGCGCAUGGAAAGCGUCGAAAACGGCCUGGCCGUUCUCGGCGAUCUGUCGCUCAAGCGCCGCAGCCGUCUCGACGACGCCCUCAAGUUCCACCAGUUCAACAACGCUGCCGACGCCAUCUCGGCCUGGAUCAAGGCUCACGACCAGCACGCCUCGUCGACCGACUACGGCCGUGACUUGGUUUCCGUCAAGUUCUUGGCCAAGCGCCACGGCGACUAUGUUGUCGUCCAGGACGCCUUCCAGAGCCGUGUGGAUGACCUUGGCACCUUCAAGGACCAGCUCGUUGCCGCCUCGCACAAGGACAGCGCUGCCGUUCAGGAGCACCAUGGCGCUGUUCUGACUCAGUGGAACACCCACCGCGACAGCGUGCAAAAGCGCACCGACAAGCUCGCCAGCGAGCAGAAGCGCUUCCAAGAGCUCGACGAGCUCAUGCUUCUCUUUGCCAAGAACGCUGGUGUCUUCUACAACCGACUCGAGAAUGCCGAGGAAGACUUGUCCGAGUCUGUCCGUGUCAACGACCUGGCUGAGGUUGAGGCUCUCAAGACGGAAGAUUUGCGCCACCGCGAUUCUCGCGAGCAAAUUGCUGCCGACCUGAAGGUCCUCACCGAUCUCCAGGGCCAGCUGAGCGGCCAGGGCGUGUCGAACAACCCUUACACUCCCUACACGAUCAACCAGCUCACUGAGAAGCAUGCCGACUUCCUCAAGCUCAUCGACACGCGCUUUGAGGCUCUCAACACUGAGACCAAGCGCCAGGAGAAGAACGAGCAGCUGCGCAAGGAGUUUGCCCAGAAGGCCAACGCUCUUGGUCAGCAGGUGGUUGCCAUCCGCGCCUCGCUGGUUGAGGGCUCUGGCAGCCUCGACGAGCAGCUCAAGUCGAUCGAGGAGCGCCACAAGUCUGUCGCCACGCUCUCCGCCGCCCACAAGGAGGUUGAGGUUCUCGGCCACAAGCUCGAGGAGGAGCGCAUCUUCAACAACCCGCACACCGAGCACACGCCCGUUUCGCUUGCUCAGCAAAUCGAUCAGCUCGACCAGCUUGCCAACCGUAUGAAGUACAAUGUCAAGCAGCAGAUUGACGCGCGCAACAACAAGGGUGUCACCGAAGCUCAGCUCCGUGAGUUUGAGACCACGUUCAACCACUUUGACCGCAACAAGUCUGGCACGCUGGACUAUGCCGAGUUCCGCGGCUGCCUCAUUGCUCAAGGCUACGAUGUCCAACAGCCCAAGGACGGCGGUUCCGACGAGGCGUUCGAGAAGAUCAUCCAGCAGGUCGACUCCAACCGCGACGGCAACGUCAACAAGGAGGAGUACAUUGACUUUAUGAUUCGCCGCGAGACCACCAAUGCGACGAGCCAGGACGACAUUGUUACUGCCUUCAAGCAGAUGGCCGGCGAUCAGCCGUUCGUCACCAAGCGUCAGAUUACCGAGGGUCUUGGCGCAAAGACCGCCCAGUACUGCUUGCAACACAUGAAGCCGUACCAGAACGACUCUGAGAAGCUCGACUACCAGACCUUCAUCGACCACAUGUUCACCCAGUCGCAGGCCCGCAAGGAGCGACAGGACGAGGCUGAUGCCUUUGCCAAGAUCGAGAAGGAGUCUGAUGCCAAGGAGGAGGCUUCGCGCCACGAGGACGCCCAGCGUCGCGAGCAGAGUGCCGCCGAGGUUGCUGCCAACCGUGACGGCCGCCAGAAGGCCCGCAAGGACGCCCGUGCGAACGAGCGCGUUGCUCGCUCCCAGAAGGAGGCCGAGCGCAAGGCUCGCCUUGACGCCGAGGCUGUGGCCAAGGCCGCCAAGGAGGAGGCCCAGCGUCAAGCCGCCGAGACACGCGCCCGCGAGGACCGUGAGCGCAAGGCACGCGAGGAUGCCGAGCGCAAGGCCCGCGAGGAGCAGGAGAAGCGCGAGCGUGCAGAGCGCGAAGAAGCCGAGCGUGCUUUGAAGGCUGAGGCCGAGCGCAAGGCUCGCGAGCAGCGCGAGGAGGCUGAGCGCAAGGAGCGUGAGGACAUUGAGCGCGUUGCCCGCGAGGCUGCCGAGCGCAAGGCCCAAGAGGAGGCAGAGCGCAAGGCCAAGGAAGAGGGCGAACGCAAGGCCAAGGAAGAGGCUGAGCGCGUUGCCCGUGAGGAGGCUGAGCGCAAGGCACGUGAAGAAGCCGAGCGUAAGGCCAAGGAAGAGGCUGAUCGUCGUGCCCGUGAGGAGGCCGAGCGCAAGGCCAAGGAGGAGGCCGAGGCUCAGGCCCGCGAGGCCGAGGAGGCUCGCAUCCGCGAGGAGCAGGAGCGCAAGGCCCAAGAGGAGGCUGAGCGCAAGGCCCAGGCUGAGGCCGAGGCGCUUGUCCAAGCCGAGAACGAGCGCAAGGCUCGUCAGGCCGAAACCGAGCGCAAGGCUGCCGAAGAGGCUGCUGCUCGCAAGGCUGCUGAGGAGGAGGCUGAGCGCCGCGCCCAGCAAGAGGAGGCGAAUCGCCGUGCCCAGCUCGCUUCCGCGUCCAGCACUUCGACGACCUCGGUCGAGUCGCCCAACGGCUCCGCGACCAACCUCGACAAGGCUGGCAUUGCCUCGCCCGACAAGAAGGGCGCCGACAAGAAGGCUCUGAAGGAGGCCGACAAGAAGGCCAAGGCCGAGAAGGAGGAGGCCGACAAGAAGGCCAAGGCCGAGAAGGAAGAAGCCGACAAGAAGGCCAAGGCCGAAAAGAAGGAAGCCGACAAGAAGGCCAAGGCCGAGAAGGAGGAGGCCGACCGUCGCGCCAAGGAGGAGAAGAAGGCCAAGAAGGGUCGCGGCUCUGAUGCUGCAGCUGUCCCCGCUGCCGCCGCCCCUGCCGAGUCGUCGUCGGCAUCAACAAGCGAGUCGGCUGCAGAGCCCACCGCGUCCGCUGCUGGACCCCAGGCCACUGUUACCGUCAGUGAGCCCCAGGAGUCCUCGUCGUCCACGCCCGCCCCCGCCCCCGUUGUUGCCCCGCUGCCGACCAACCCCGAUGGCUCUGUCGACUUUGCCAAGACCGAUGACGAGCAGGUCCGUGCCGCUGCUCUGGCCGUCGUGACUGGCGACGACAAGAAGUCCAAGCGUCGCUCCAUCAACCUCAACCUCUUCAAGGCCAAGAAGGAGGAUGACGAGUCUGGUGCUGCUGCUGCUGCUGCUGCUUCCACCGAUGCCGCUACACCCGAAAAGGACAAGAAGAAGGACAAGAAGAAGAAGUAAAACACGAGCAUCUUGGUUGAGAUUGGUUGAUUUUUUUUUUCCCCCGUUGGUCUUGUUUUGCUCCCAAGUGUACUUUGUUUCGUGGUGAUUACUUUUUCUGUUUGUUUCUUUUUUCCCCCCUUGCAUGUUUUUUGACUACCUGUAUUUGUGGUUGUUUGCUUUUGUGCUUUUUUUUUGGUGGAUGAGCUGUUUUGUUUUGAGUGAUGCCGAAAUGAAAUUGAUUUCUUCCCUGUUUGGUGUGUCCCAGUACAAUUGGAUCUUCUCU